CGCGGGGAUAAAGUAGAACUUCGGAGAAGUUAUAACGCGAGGCCGCUGCCUCAAACGGAGAAGUUACCCCCCCAGAACUGAACGAGAGAGAGAGAGGAGCUGGAUUUAAACCCAAGAACCAGCUGCGGGAGUAACUUGUUCUCGGGCUGCAUGCGGAUCCGGACUUGAUGCAUGGCCGUCGCAUGAGCGCAGCGGGUGUUGUUGUCGUGGGACGGAGAGCGCGCGGCUGCAGCCAUGGCUCAAACCAUGCACGUGAAUGGCAACGGCUCAGAAAGAGGACAAAGAUGCCCGAGCGCGGAUGGCGAGAAGGACUCGGCGGCGCCCUACUACGUUGAAACUCCCUACGGCUACCAGCUGGACCUGGACUUCCUCAAGUAUGUCGACGACAUCGAGAGGGGCAACACCAUCAAGAAGCUGAGUGUCCACAGGAAGCCCAAAGGGGCCACACCCUCGGCGGCGCCCCGGGGCAGCACCGGCGGGGGCGGGGCUCGGGCCGAAUGGACCUCCACGGACUCCCUGUCCUCCUCCAACAGCGACGACAAGCAGUCGCCGGUCUUCUUCGGCGGCGGGCCGCAGGUCGCCGCGCCGCCGCUGACCCCCACGCUCUGCAGGGCGGCCUGUGAGGCCCCCCAGAGGCUGCUGCUGCCGCCCCCGUCGCCGAGGUUCGCCCCCCGCCACAACCCCCAGGUGGAGAGGACCCUGAUGGAGACGCGCCUUCGCCUGGAGCAGGAGCGCCUGCUGAUGCAGCCGCCGGCGGCGGCGAGCGAGCCGGCGGGGGGCCCCCCCCCGCGCCGCCGCCUCGCCAGCUUCGGCAGCUCGCUGUCCUCCCACUCGGGCUCCGCCGCCCCGAGCCAGGUCUCCCCCGGCGCCCCGCUCCCAUUCAACGGCCACCCCCUCAACGGCGAGUACAACCUCUACUACCCGCCGUCCGCGGGCGGCUCCAUCCGCCACAGCCCGCUGAGCUCCGGCGUGGCCACGCCCGUCACCAACGUCAGCCCGCUGCACCUCCAGCACAUCCGCGAGCAGAUGGUGGUGGCCCUCCGGAAGCUGAAGGAGCUGGAGGAGCAGGUGAAGACCAUUCCCAUCCUCCAGGUGAAGAUCGCCGUCCUCCAGGAGGAGAAGAGGCAGCUGGCCGCUCAGUCCAAAGGCCGCGAGGGGCCGGGCGGCUUCCGCAAGCGCUCCUUCAGCGUCGGCAGCGCCGCCCAGAUGGAGAAGGCCGGCGCCGAGACGGAGCUUCACAUCAUGGAGCCCGAAGCCCAGGAGCAGAGCGGCCAGCGGCUGGACGAGUUCCGCCGCCUGGCCGCCGAGGUCCAGGCGCUGGAGCGGACGGGCCUGGACGCGCCGCCGCAGAAGCUGGCGCAGGGCACGAGGUCCGUCGGCGUGGUUACCGACGAAAACAUGGACAGCCCCCGCGUCGCCCCAAGGGCGAGGGCGCCCAGCUCGCGGGACGCCGCGGUGUCCACGGAGCCGCGGGAAACGCGCAGCGCGGCGGUGGGCGUGACGGAGGCCAUGCUGGGCACGAGCAGCGAGGCCGAGCGUGAGAUGGAGCUGCAGCAGCAGACCAUAGAGUCCCUGAAGGAGAAGAUCUACCGCCUGGAGGUGCAGCUGAAGGAGACCACGCACCAGCUGGAGAUGGGGAAGCUGAAGCUGGAGCUGCAGGCGGCCGGCGGCCCGUCCAGGAAGCGGGUGGACAAGGGGACGACGGCGCGGCCCGAGGCGUACGACGCCUGCGUGGAGGCCAGGGUCGAGACGCGCAGCGUGGGAGCGGGCGGGCCUCCGGAACCCGGCGUCCGCGCGCAGAGCGUUGCCGCCGGCCCCGAGACCCCGAUGGACCGGUGGGUGGUGGGCGAGCGCGUGGAGGUGAGGGACCAGUGCGUGGGGCGGGGGGCGGGGCCCGGCGUCCGCGAGGCGGGGGUCAACACGGAGGAGUCGGUGGACCGCCUGGCGCUCUGCAGACCCAUGGCGGAGCUGAGCAAGGAGUCCAGGUCGGUGGGCUGCGGCGACUGCUCGGUGGACGUGGUCGUCGGCCCCGCGAAGACGCUGCUGUCGCGGGGAACCGACCCCGAGCGCGUCGGCACGGCCGACUCCGGCGUCACGGCGGCGCCCGAGUCGGCGACCCGCCAGACCAACACCGAGACGCAGGUGGCGAGCAAAUCCACCAACACGGAGCGGUCCGUCCUGACCGACUCCUCCACCGACACGGGGCUGCUCACCUGUGAGAAACACACCAGCACCGCCGGGACGGACACCAGGACGGUCGCCGCCGGGGAGGGGCUCGUCAGGGACGCUCACCCGGCGGCGAAGGGGCGGACGGUCGCCGUCGGGACCAACGCGGACGCCGAGUCGGUCCCCCGGGGACCGGCCGGCGCUCGGACCACAGAGUGCGGCGUGGGACUGGUCAGCGUCCAGGAGAACUUCUUGGUCGGACUAAAAACCCGGAACAUAGCGAGCGGCCCCUCCCAGCUGGCCCCGGGCAGCGGCGAGGGCGCCGUCACGGCGGAGCCGCGAGCCCCGGGGGGCGCCGGGCUGGACCACUACAUCGAGAGGGUCCAGAAGCUGCUGCAGGAGCAACAGAUGCUGCUGGCGGAGAACUACAGCGAGCUGGCGGACGCCUUCGGGCAGCCGCAGUCCCAGUUCGGCUCCAUCAACUCCCAGCUGGCCAGCACGCUCUCCUCCAUCAACUCCGUCAUGAAGUGCGGCAGCGCCGAGGACUUCCUGGAGCUGCAGCGGGCCGACUCCAACCAAGCGAGUGGACAGCAGCCGUGUGCGGGGGGGCGGUCGCAGGUGGAGGCGGCGGCUUCUCCGCAGCAGAUGAGCGCGGCGGAGCAGAAGAGCCGCAUGGACCUGCAGAUGUCCACGGCGCUGCACGGACAGCUGUGCAGCCAGAGCACCCUGAAGUCCAUCAUGAAGAAGGACGGCCGACCCGACUCAAACGGCACCAAGAAGAACCUGCAGUUUGUCGGAGUGAACGGAGGGUACGAGACGACGUCCAGCGACGACUCCAGCUCCGAGGACAGCAGCUCCUCGGGCUCGGACGAGGAAGAUGAUGAUGAAGAUGAGGAGAAGGAGUUCGGAGGAGAAGAGGAAUUUAAGAAUGUUGAGGCGAGGAGCGUGAGGGAGGAGCGUAAACCCGACGGCGCUGAGGAGGUGCAGGAGAAUAAGAAGCAGCAGCAGGAGGAAGAGGACCAGGAGGAAGAGGAGAGUUCAGAGAAGCAGGAGAUGAGAGAGAGGUACUCGCUGAGUGAGAAGAUGCUGUCUGCGACCAACGUCCUCAGAGCUCACCUGAGUGACCCGAAAGCUGUGAGCAGUAAAGAUCUGAGGACCUGCAUCAACACGGUGCAGCACGAGUGGUUCCGCGUGUCUAGCCAGAAGUCGGCGCUGGCCCCGAUGGUCGGCGACUACCUGGCGGCGUUCGGCGCCGUCUCGCCGGCCGUGCUGCGGCACGUGGUCAACAUGGCCGACGGCAACGGCAACACGGCGCUGCACUACAGCGUGUCGCACUCCAACUUCCUGGUGGUGAAGAAGCUGCUGGAUGCAGAUGUGUGCAACGUGAACCAGCAGAACAAGGCCGGCUACACGCCCAUCAUGCUGGCCGCGCUGGCCGCAGUGGAGUCGCCCAAGGACAUGCGCAUCGUGGAGGAGCUCCUCGGCAAAGGAGACGUCAACGCUCGAGCCAGCCAGGCCGGUCAGACGGGGCUCAUGCUGGCGGUCAGUCACGGCAGGAUGGACAUGGUUCGGGCCCUGCUGGCUCAGGGGGCCGACGUCAACGUGCAGGACGACGAGGGCUCCACGGCGCUGAUGUGCGCCAGCGAGCACGGCCACGUGGAGAUCGUCAAGCUGCUGCUGGCGCGGCCCGGCUGCGACGCCACCCUGAGCGACGGCGAUGAGAGCAAUGCCCUGUCCAUCGCUCUGGAAGCGGGACACAAGGACAUCGCCAUGUUGCUUUAUGCGCACGUCAACUUCUCCAAAGCUCAGUCCCCCGGGACGCCUCGUCUCAGCAGGAAGACGUCUCCGAGUCCCACCCAGAGGGGAGUGUUUGAUUAGAGGCCCCGCCCCCCUCGAACCCUGCGCUGCUAUUGGUUCACGCUGAACGACAUCUUACCCACAGCUGGAUGGGAAUAUAUUUUUAUAUAAAUAUAUAUAUAUAUGUGUGCACCUCUUGAGUAUUAACGUACACAGCUGGUGCCUCCAGUCCCGUCAGAUAAUAAUGGGCACAAAUUAACUUCUAAAUGCCCUUUUUUUUUGUUUUUUUUCUUUGACAACUUUUUAUGUCCAAAGCUCAAUGUUGAUCAUUCAAGAGCACCAAAACAUUCGUGAUUUUUCUUCUUUUUUUUUUGCAUCAGAGUAGAGACAGACGGAGGAUAUUCCACCCGCAUGUUAGAGGAAGUACUUCCUGUAAAUAUCGCUCGCCUCGCACACACGUGCACGCCCAGCCCUCCGCCGUGCACGUGGAGGUCAUGUGGAUCGACCAACGCUGCCCAACUGGAGAAAUUGUACUUUUAUACAAAUCCUUUGUAUCUAUUUAAAGAGAAGAAUCAGUAUUUUCAUUAUUUCCUGUUGCUAGUAAACGACCCACGAAGUUAUAUAUUUAUCAAAGUAUAGUUUUUAAUGCAGAUUUCUGUAUUUCAGUGUACAUACGUGGUCAUUUUUCUUUCUGUACGUCUCAUGUGUAACAUAUCUGUCCUCUAGUGUUCAUCAAGGCCCUUUUGUCCUCCGAUGGGAAAGUGCCUCAUAUCAAUAAACAACAAAUAAAGAAUA